AUGAGGGGAAAAGGGAAAGCAUCUAUUCUCCUGAAACUACCUGGAAAUGAAAUUGGGAUCGAGUUCCACGUCUUCGAGGUCGUGAUGGUUCAGGCUCAGAAUGUUCCGCUUAUUCCGAGGAGUUUCGAACAUACGAGCGAAACAUUGCAGUAUCUCGCGGAACAUAUCGAUAUGGAUCACCAGCGAACUCUCCUUGGUCUGCCCCUAGAACUUCGUCGCGCGAUUCUCGACUUCGUGUACCCCUCAUCUUACCAAAAAUAUCCAGCACCCAGGAUUCCUUUCAACAAAUCACAGAACAUAGACUAUGGACAGUUUCCAACGUACACCUUAAAUUUUGGAUGGUUAGUCCAUUAUCACAACACGAUCCUCUUCGAACAAUAUCCAACACUUGGUGUCAAUCAUAUUCUCAAGGCCGAGACGCUACAACUCAUAAAAUUAUAUCAACAGAAAGAGACCUACGAGGUCGAUCUGAUGCUUGUCAACGAUUCUGAGCUGUGGGUAACUUGCCUGAGUGUGCCAAUCCUGAUCAACAGACUGGAAAAGCUCAGGAUAACAGUCAGAAAUGCUGGCUUUGUUGGCGGACUAAAAGAUCACGAACACGAAAUAUGGCGUCUGCCACCAUUGAUCGACCCUUCAGCUGCAGAUAAAAGCCCUCAGUUUCGACGCGCACUUUCCGAUAUCCUCCUGGAUCUUCUGCAGCGAGGACGUGGCAGUACAGCUCUUUCUGGGAGAGCGAUAACCGUCAAAGAAUUGACCAUCGAUGUACGACGCGUGAGCGUCGUGGCUCCGUACAACAAUUCUUCGCGGGCUUGUUUUCCCGGUACGCCAUAUAACCAGCUCUGUGCCAUGCGGCGCACCAUGCGGUGGAACGAAGUAUUUCUCAAUCCUCAAGACAUACUCGAUCCUGUAGUGUAUCACAUGGACGCCUGUCUAGUCCGCCAUGGGGUUAGGAGAGAGGAUGGGCAUGCCGUAAUUCCAACAAUAUUCGAAUGUAUUGGGGACAUAGCGGUACUCGAGAAUGGAGAGGAGAAGACCAGAUACCAGCUCGAGACGUACCUAUCUGGGCUGACAUAUGUUCACAAUCGUAUGAUUAUGACUUCUGAAUUUGUUACUCUCAAUGGACUGAGAGACCCCGAAUCGAUUGGUGUUGAUAUAAACAUAACUCAGAAAAAGUUCGAUGGGUGGAAAACACGAACAAAAGCAGCACGUUCUGCUCGUAAGCUAACGGUAUCUAAGGAAGCCAUCACGAGCUGAGGCAAACCAAAGGACUUUACGUUACAGGGCGUUUGCUCAGCCUAGUCCGUACUAGCAAUUAGCCAAGCAUUAAUAUCAACAGCCCAG